AUGCAGAACAACACCUCAACAACCAUGACACUCAACCGAGCUGCCCUCGAUGAAUUCGUUACGCAGCGUGUCACUCGCGACAUGGUUAGCUAUCUGGCCCAACAAGCGUCACAUGUUAUCCGGUGCGAAGCCCAUGUGACCAACACGGUCAGCCAACACGGCCAACCUACUCCCCCCGCCACACCUCCUAUGGACCCAGAAGAUCCCUCCCUGCCACCAUUGCCAUCUACCGAAGUCUUCAUCGCCUCGCUCGUUGCUCGGUCGCAGGUGCAAGUCCCCACUCUCAUGAGCGCCCUCGUGUACCUCGGUCGUCUGCGUGCUCGUCUGCCACCUGUCGCCAAGGGCAUGCGCUGUACUGUCCACCGGAUCUUCCUCGCCUCACUGAUCCUCGCCGCCAAGAACCUCAAUGACUCAAGCCCCAAGAACAAGCACUGGGCCAGGUACACAGCUGUGAAGGGAUACGAAGGGUUCGGCUUCUCUCUCCCUGAGGUCAACUUGAUGGAACGUCAGCUGCUCUUCUUGCUCGACUGGGAUACCCGGGUCAACGAGGAGGAUCUGUUCACAUACUUGGAACCCUUCCUCGCUCCCAUUCGUCAGCGCCACGAGAUCCAACUCCGCGAACAAAAGGCUCAGGAGGAACUUCAGCGCAAGCAACAGCAGCACCGUGAAUGGUAUGCCCCCGUGCUCACCACCAUCCAGGAUAUCUCUACUCACACUCGUUCCAGGCGCCGUCUGCACGUUUCGGCGGAUCUGCUGGCCAGCCGCCUUCGUCGUCAAAAGCUGGAGGCCAGAGUCGAUGGUCGUCGCGUUGCCGAUCACUCUCUUCGUCGUCUACCGAGCCAUGUCUCUUGCCCCAGCAUCAACACUACCCAAUCUCCGCAGUUCGCUGCCGAGUCCGAUCGCUACAACCCCUACCACCGUCAACGCGCAUCACCUCACCGACCCACUCGAUCUAUCUCCCCGCCUUCCAUCCGCGAUGUGCCCCCUCUCUCUCACGCCGACACCUUCAACUCCCUCUGCUCUCGUUCAUCCAGCGUUGCCCCCAGCUCCCGCGGCACCCCAGGAAGUAUCAGCACUAUUUCAUCCCACGGCAAUGACGACUUUACCAUCUCCGACACAAGCAACAGCCCCACCGCGUCCUUGGCCUACAGCUAUGUCAAUGUCGGCGCCAUCGACGCAAAGCUUCCCUUCGAGCCAGUUCGCCAAUCUAGCAAGAAGAUGAAGACCCACGGUCACUCUGGUGGCUUUGUCGCUCGCUUCCUUGCUUCUGCAACUGGAUCCUACGGCCGUAUUGGUCGGCCCCACGCUUAA